CUACGCGCCCCGGAGUUGUUUUUGUGUUCCCAGCUGUAGGGAAAAGCCGCUGGGAUCCCUUCACCUGGCCCUCCCCUACCUCUACUCCAGGAGCCCGGAGAUCCCUUCCCAAAGCUCGGCCCCGCGGCGUCGCGGCCGCACCUGACACCCCGAAGCGGCUCUGACCCCGUCGAGACCCGGCGGGGGGAAGCGAGACGCAGCAGCCGCGAGCCAGGCCGGCCCGGCGCGGGCAUCUUGGAAACCCUGCGGACCAUCAUGAAGUUCCAGUACAAGGAGGACCAUCCUUUUGAGUAUCGGAAAAAGGAAGGAGAGAAAAUCCGGAAGAAAUAUCCGGACCGGGUGCCCGUGAUCGUGGAAAAGGCUCCGAAAGCCAGGGUGCCCGAUCUGGACAAGAGGAAGUACCUGGUGCCCUCUGACCUCACUGUCGGCCAGUUCUACUUCUUAAUUCGGAAGAGGAUCCACCUGAGACCUGAGGACGCUUUAUUCUUCUUUGUCAACAACACUAUCCCUCCCACCAGCGCGACGAUGGGCCAGCUGUAUGAGGACAACCAUGAGGAAGACUAUUUUCUGUACGUGGCAUACAGUGAUGAGAGUGUCUAUGGGAAGUGAGUGGCGGAAGCUCAGCAGAGGGAGCACCUGGACUCGGGGGUAGAGGGAGGGGUGUGUGUGGGACUCGGGGGAAGUGAGGGGGGGCUCCCACCAUGGAGGAGACGCAGGGGACGACAUCUGGAAACACUAAACCGCACACACCGUCACCAUAUUUUCACAUGCUCAAUUGAUAUUUUUUGCUGCUUCCUCGGCCCAGGGGGAAAGCAUGUCAGGACAGAACCGUUGGAUUAGCUUUGCUGGACGAAGGAGAUGAUGUAAUUUCACAGCAUUGCUGCGAGUUAACUUCUGUGUCCUUUUUUAGACGAGCCAGGAGGUGGGUAAGGUGGGGUCAGAGAUGAUGGUGGACCACCAGUCACUUCCCUCUCUCCCAUCUCUUUGGGCAGAGAUUCUAUUUUUGACAUUUGCACAAGUCAGGUAGGGAAUGGGGAAGGGAAUGUUUUAGGAUGAGCGAUAGUGGACCACUCUAGGGGACCAGAAGAGACUCGUUGUAUUUAAGCAUUUUGACCCUCGAUCCCUCCCUUCUCCAUACCUCCCCCCUCACCCCUGUCGUAACCUCACACAUGUCAUGGCACUACGCCAGUGGUAGCCACAGACGUCAGACACAAACUGAGAAGGGGCUCACUGAACUAUUGGAACACAGUGGCCAGGCGUGAGGGAUGUCACGAGAAAGAUCCUGUAGAUAGCAUUAAACUGGAAUUCACUUAGUACUGAGCAUCUCUAGCUAACCUGCUUCUCUGGUGUCCCUCAUCCUACCCCAACCUCUGACUUUAAUGAGCCUUGACCAUUUCCAGUUAACACCCUAAUCCCAAACCUCCAGCUUUUCCCAAACUGGCUCCUUGGGUGGGGACGAGAUGACUUAAGGAAGGGGCAGGUGUGAGGUGAUGCAGAGCAUCCAUGCUUUGCCCUGCCCCAGAAUUCUCCCUUCCAUCUCACAUGCAUGGAGAUCUCGGUGGUGGCCAGUGGCCUCCCUCCUUGGGUUUCCAUGUACUGCGGCUGCUAGUUAGAAAAAUUUUGCUGGAUGACUUUUAGUCAUUCAUGGGGAUUCUACUGAUUCCAAUUUAUUUUAACUCUAAGGGCGGGUAUGACGUGGGUGGGGGCGGGAGCAGGAAUUACACUCAGAUGUGACAUUUUAAUAUCUCUGCUCAUGAGAAGGGUCCUUCUUGUGGGGAAAAUCAGUGGGUCUGUUCUGUCAGCUGCAGGCUCUUGUAUAAUAAAGUUGAUGCUGUCAGGCCAAGGAAAUAAAAUAAUUGCAUACUUUCAAAACCCACCAUGUCCACAAAUGUUGCCUUUUUUAAAGAAAGUAUUGAAAGAGUGGGCUCUCUGAGCAGAAAGUCUUUGGGGGUGGCUAUUAAAAUAGAACGCUCACAUCUCAUCAGAUGAGCAUGUGUUGCCCUGUUCUGUACUGGCCAGGAGCUGGUGUGCAAAGGUGAACGUGGUGGAGCUCGAGGUGGUACGGUGGUGGUGGUAUGCGUUUGACUUUCUCCUCCGCAGAUAAAUGCUUUGUCACUGCUUUCUGUGCUGCUCAAAGCUGAAGGCAGAAAACUUCUUCCAGCAGAAUAUAGGAGGUGGGGAGGGAGGAGGUGUGCUUAUUAAAAAUGCAGAUGGCUAGGCCUGGCCCACAUUUAGCUGACUCAGAAUCUCAGCGUAGGUGUUUGUAUUUUUAACCGUGAUGUUGCUGCACCCUGAAGUUUGACAGGCGUUGCUCUAUAGAUGUGGGUUUGCUGUAAGUCCCAACCCAGCCUGUUGUCCCUGUCACAUCUUGGUCAGUAUGUCACCACCAUCGCCCAGAGCAGCAGAUGGCACCUAGAUCAGGCUUGGGGCUGAGAACCAGCUCUAAUGCUGUGAGAGGCCCAUGUUCAGUCAGGAAGCUAUGUGUGGGUGGGGAGUGGGGUGCAUGUUACGAGGCACUGAAAAAACAGAUGAGUACAAGGCUCUCUUUUUUUUUUUAAGAUUGAUUUAUUUAUACAACCACUGGGGUACAGGCCAGAGGUACGGGCGGUGCCAGAAUUCACCAGAGACAGAAUAGGGAGCAGCAGGCAGAAGAACCGAAAUACACUGCUGAGGGGAGCAGCAGCGGAGACAGGAGAGGUCUGCUGCACCAUGUGGAUAUCUCCCUGGCCAGCCAGGAAUCAAACCGGUGCCAUGGAGACUGCAGACAGCUUCACAGCGCUGCGCUCAACCCACUGCGCCACCGGGGAGGCCCAUACCAGGCUCUUUUUUUUUUUUUUUCAUGCAAGGCUCUGUUUAAAAAACCCUUUCAAACUCUUUCUAACCCUCUUUAAUCCCUUCGAACUAUGUCCCCAGGUGGUGUCUGUCUCUCUAGAGUUUUAUAGAACAUAACCGGAGUCACCAGAAAACAAGCAGGUGGUCCAAAAUUCAAUGGCAGGAUCCCACCCACGCCCAGUGUCAUGUUUGAGAAAGUUAGGUCAGGGUUUGAGGGGCAUAGAAAUAGCGCAAGCUUAGCAAGUAGCACAUAGAAUACAUUAUGGAGAACUCUCAGCAGUUUCCAUGCUGCCAUCAAAAUACUGAAAGUGGACACCUGUCACUAAGGGUAGACAAAUUUGGGGGAGGUUUUCUGAUAAAGCCAAAUGGAAGCUUGUUUUUGAAUUAAGGUAUGAACCAUGUUUUUGAAACAGACUUCCCCACAACCUGGGAAUGAGACUUGGUGAGUGUUAAAACAGCAGGUCCCAGCCAUCUCUACUAAGGGGAGCCAUCCCCAUGUGUAGGAGAGACUGCAGGCCCUGGCAGACACCAAGAGAGGGACCUGGAAUUUGGGGCUCUGCCUCCCCAGGAAUCCUUUGCAUGUUGCAGUGCUAUUUGUCUCUAGACUUCUGGUGAAAAAAUUUUUCCGUAUAUGGGACAUUACAUACCAUUUGAAACCAGUCUUUGAUUUUUUUAGAGUCCAUAAAGUUUAAGUUAGCUAAGUUGAGAGGCAAAGGCAGACCCAUUUUAGUGCUUUGCUUUGAAUAUAAUGCUCUGACUGGAAUGUCAGUACUGGAGCACUGCUCCUGGGUUUCCUGCUAGUCAGGCUUUAAAGCUUCCUAGUAUCUUUGGACCAUUGUACCCCUAGUGAACUACACCCAAUUUAGGACUUAUCUUUUCACUGAGUGGGUCCUGUGCCAUAUAAGACUCACCUUGAUGCCUGGAGGCUUCUCUCUGGGGUGCCAGAUCUGAAUGACUUGUCAAGUAAACCCAUUCUUGCUUUGGAGCGAGUAUGGCACCAAUAUUGGUGAACGGUCCUGUGCUUUUACCUGAAUGUUUUGAUGGAAAGAUCUCAGAUACCUGUAGGGUGAGCAUACAUCUAGGGUUUUCCUAGGGUAGACUUACUCGACCCUCUUGCCUUGAUUGAUGGAUUAAGUGUCCUGCAUUUCUCUGUCACAGGUUCCCCAGUGGACAGAAUAUCAGAUGAUUGCUCUUACACUUAGUGUAAAAAUAGAAGCUUCUCCCCAUCAGAGAGAGUGUAGGGAGGGGAUGCUAUUGAGAUGUUGAGAGAGUGAUAGCCUGACCUAGGAAGUCUUACCUGUAGGGGCAGAGACUAGAAGAAUGCCACUCCUUAAUUGCAGAUUAUUCUGCUUCAUUCCAUUACCCCUCCAUCCCCCUAAUGUGGAAUUGUUCUGUUCCUUUAGUCUAUUGUGUACUAAAAUAAAAGUCUGUAUAGACUAUUGUGAAAUCAGAGGUUAAGACUAAAAGAGCCAAACUGACUGGUUAAGUUACACAUGAAGGUAACAUGGAUAGAUGAGUGCACUGCUUGGCACAACUCCAGGGGGCGCCCUGUCAUCGUGACGACAGAUCUCCUUGCGGUGUACUCCCAUGUCUCUGGGCUCGUUGGACACAAUAUUGUUGGACGCAAUAUUGUCAGUUCGUGUCCACUUUUUGGUGACAUUUAUUAAGCCCACAUUUGUACAUUGUAUCUGUCAUUAACCACCAGAUUUGGGUAUGGUGUGAUUUUGAUACUGGGGUGCAGGCCAUGCCUGCUCACCCUGACUAUAGCUCCAGGUCUGUCACCUCUUAAUAAUGAACAAGUUCAGUCAUUUCUGGAAAAUAAAUUAAUUGAUAAGUGAACGCCACCUAGUGUUUGCUCUGUAGAACUUGUAACUAAUUUUCUUUCUGCUACACUUUCAUUCUGACAGAUUUGAACAAGUUCUUCACGAUCAUCUUUUAUUUCUUCUGCAUGAAGCCAGUUAGGUUCACUGGUGCAUUUUGGCCUUGAUUGGCUUUGCGUCCAGUUUGUUGCUCAGUGCAGCCCUCAGUGACUCCCCACUCCCCACCAGGCCUCUUUGUCUACCUGGGUCUUGUGCUGCCAGGGGCAGUGACUUACAGCCUGUGGCAGGCUGUCCUAAGGAUGACUCAGGGCUAUAGAACUUGUUUUUGUCAGCUAUUUUGAUAACAUACUUGAAAAAAAGAAACAGCCCCCAGAACAACAAAUCAAUAGACUCUUUGUCCCAAGAACUGAGACUGAUGGUGUCAGUCCGAUUGCUCUGUUGUGUGCUGUGCCCCUAUUUUUCUUUAAUUCUUACAGUUAUGAGUCCAUUAGUACUUUUGCAAGUAACUAUAUACAAGCAGAUUAUUGACAAAGUUUGUAGCAGCAGGAAGUGAUGGUCCCUGGAUAAGCAAAUGGCACUGCCCCAGGCCACAGGGCAGGCGCGCAACUGUUCCCACAGUGACGAACAGAAGAUCGAAGCUGCCACUCUGGUGUGUGUUCAGCUGCGUGGGCUGUCUCUUGACAGUUCUAUUUGCAACAGAGCAGUGCAGCUAAGAGCCUUAUGAUUUGUUUAGAGGUGCUUAUUAGCACCUAAAACUUCCAUAAAGCAACUGACAAAGAACAAGACUCUUGGGUAGGAGUUGAAACACUUUUUAAAAAAAAGAUUUAUUUUAUUUAUGCAUACAAGAGCUGGGGUGUAGGCCAAAGGUGUGGAGGGCAAGAGAAUGGGGAGCAGAACAGGCAGACUGACUGAAAUACACUGUUGAGGGGAGCAGCAGGGGAGACAGGAGAGGUCUGCUAUGCCAUGUGGAUUAGCUGCCUGGUGGGAGAUUGAAAUUGUGCUGUAGUGGCUGCGGAUAGCUUCAUAGCACUGACACUUAACCCCUUGCUCCAGGGAGGCCUGGAGUUGAAACAUUUCCUACUUUUACUCUAUGAUAAAGUUGAAGUUGCCUUACAUCACCAGUAAAAGCAGGAUGCUUGUCAAAUGCAUGAUAUUUCAAAGAAUAAAAGUAACCAUAAGCAGUAUUCUUCAUGCUAAUGUUGGCUAACUUCUUACCUCUCCCAAGUCCUGCUCAGAGUUCCUUACUGAAGACUCAGCCACUGGUCACCGUCCACCUGUUCCCACCUGGCUGGACUCUGUCCUUUGCACUGACACUGGCCACCUGCUAGCAUCAUUUUCUUCAGCUUAUUAUCUAUCUUCUGUCACUGGAUUGUCAGAGCCACAAAAGUGGCGCUAUGUUUUUUUGUUCUCUGAUUUAUACAAACUGGUCAGAACAGUGCCUUACAUAUCGUUGAUGCUCAAAUCACAGUGAUAAAAGAGCAGUUUCUGCAGGACUGCUGCUUGCAGUUCCAGGACUAGAUAAUUAGAAGGUAAAUAACAACACAAGGUACAAAAGGGCUAUUCAAGGAACUUUGGAAGCACCUUGGGAGUUUACUGAAGAGCUGGAGGAAGGAGCUGAGAGGAACUGAGACCAGGAGGACUUGGGGAGCAGGAAAGGCUGAGACACGGGACAGUGAUUUUAAACAUUAUAGGAACAGAUGGAACAAAACAGCUCCCAGGAAAAUAGAAGUGUUUCAUUGAAAUGUUGCUGAGCUAGCCACCACCUAGAGUAAGAUCCGGUUACAGGACAAUUAGGAAACAGAAAAGCAAUCACCACGAAACUUCCUGACCACCUAGUGCCUCAUCUAUAGUUCCGUGCAUUGGACAACAGGGAGUCUGACAGGAUAUAGUCAUAGUCAGGCUGGAGAAAAUGGGCAUUCUCCCUUGGAAGUUCUUUCCUCUUGCUUCAAUAAGUCCACACCUGCUUGCUCUCACGUUUGGUGUGGCAAGCGCCGUAUACACCCGGACCCACAAGCAUCUACUCUCAUAACAGAACCAGGGCCGGGGCCCCAAUACUAACAUUUCACCAGCUCUGUGAUGACAGCCAGUUUAUCUUCUGAUGCUGAUAAUCACAUCAUGUCACUAUUAUAUAAUGGUUUGCAAAGUAAACCAUUAUAUAACAUUAUUGCAUAUUGGGCAUAAAUUGCAUUUAAAACUAACAUGGCAGAGCCUCCCCAGUGGCGCAGUGGUUGAGCGCUGGGCUGCGAAGCUCCCGCAGCCUCUGCAGCGCAGGUUCGAUCGCUGGCUGCAAAGCUAGGGUCCCACAUGGCAUGACAGACCUCUCUUGCCACGCCCGCUGUUCCCUUCAGCAUGUGUUUCGUCGGUCUGCCUGUUCUGUUCUCCGGUCUGGCUCUGGUAAAUUCUCUCACCCUCCCGAGCUUCUGACUGUACCCAGUGCUUGUAUAAAUCAAUCAAUCAAUCAAUCAAUCAAUCUUUAAAAAAAUAAAUAAAUAAAACUAACAUGGCAGUAAUGUAACCGAGCUGGCAGGACUAAUCUAGGAUUUCUUUCUUUUUUUCUUUCAUUGGUACUAGUACAGAACAUUUAUGGGCAAAUACAGGAAUGAUUUGAGUCAAAAAAAGAUGAAAAUGAACAUGUUGAGCUGGGUGUCUCCAAAGACAGCUCUCAGACUUGAUGGGAAAGACAGCAGAGUGCUCUUUUCCUUUCUGGUUAAAUUUUAGAAUUGAUUUUCUAACUUCCAUUUAGCCUCAAAAAUGUACUGUCUGUCUCCUUUUCCACAGCAAUAGGCAAAACCUAGGCGUGGGGCAGAGCUGACAGAAUAUUUUUCAGGCCUCAGUAGAAUCAACAUUAUGAAUCUUAUUAAAACUUUUAUUUAUUAAAUAGUUAUAUAAUGUCCAGACAAAUUGACAUCACAUUGUAAACACAUUAACAAAUAUAACUCACUCCCGAGCAUUCAUUCGCAAGUUAGGUGUCUUCUCCUGUCAGCUUUAGAAUCCCCAGGUGGCAAAUCCCUCAAGCACCCACACUUCUGAAAUACCCACCAGUGAGCAAGAAGGGACAUUAAAGGAGAAAGGGAGGCACAGAGGACAAACCUUCAUUAGCCAACUCUUACAUAGAAAUCACUGUGCCAGAUACUUAAUGUUCAUCCUGAAUAUUACAAAAUAAAUGCUAAGUUGAAUGUUUUACUCAGUUUGACUGCCAAAUAGGAAUUUUUAUGUUUUCCAAGGUUAUUACUAUAUAUUUUUAAAGAUUUAUUUAUGCAUACAGGAACUGGGGUACAGGUCAGAGGUGUGGGGGAUGAGAGGAUUCACCAGUGACAGAGUGGGGAGCAGAAUAGGCGAAUCCACUUAAAUACACCACUGAGGGAGCAGCAGGUGAGACAGCAGAGGUCUGCUGUGCCAUGUGGGUCAGCUCCCCAGUGGGGGAUCAAGCUUGUGUUGCAGUAGCUAUGGAUUUCUUCAUGGUGAUGAGGCUUAACCCCUUGUGCCACCAGGGAGGCCCCCAAAUAUAUAUAUUUAGGGUAAAUGGUUUUCAGCCUUUUCUGCUCUUCUACCAUUAGGAUGCCCUGCCUGAUGGGGCACCUGCAGGGUCUUGUCUACCUGGGUCUUGUGCUGCCAGGGGCAGUGACUUACUUCCAGCCUGUGGCAGGCUGUCCUAAGGAUGACUCAGGGCUAUAGAACUUGUUUUUGUCAGCUAGUUUGAUAACAUACAUUGUUACAAACAUUGUUAUAUCAUUACAUUGUUGUAAACUAUCUUAUUUACUUCUCUGGGCCAUAGGAGGAGUAUUGAGAUAGUCAUAGAGCCAAGCAGAAGCAGGAGAGAGGCAGGAGAGAGAAGGGGAGAAAGAAGGUGAGAGAAGCCCAGAGUGAAGACUUGCCAGAGGAUUGGAGGCCUAGCGGCCUCCUGCCCACUCCGCCCUGCCUGCCAUGUACCUGUUUGCCAUACUACAUGUAAACACUCACCCACCGUGACUGGUCGCAGCCUGGAGUCUGCAGGCUGAGAUAUUUAGGAAGAACCAACUCAAAGCCUACCAAUAGAAAUAGCCAUAUAUAUAUAUAUAUAUAUAUAUAUAUAUAGAGAGAGAGAGAGAGAGAGAGAGAGAGAGAGAGAGAGGAAGGUGUGUGUGUGUGUGUGUGUAUACACAAUAUAUAUAUUGUAGAGGCAGGAUGGGCACAGAGCAGGUCAUCUAUGAUCUGAGCAGACUGGGUAUAAAGGAGAGUCCUGGAGCCCUGGGUGGGGAGAUCCGGGCCUAACCAACAUUCUCACAUGUGGGUCCUCACCAGAGUCAAAGCAGAGAAAAUUCCACGUGUAGUUACAAGAGGAGAAAAGGGACUGAAGCCAGAAAGUAUUUGCGUCUCUGGGCUGGUGCCCUGUGCGCACCUGAGUUGCUUCUGUUCACUGUAUAGACAUGUAAGUCAGGUUAUUUUACAUCUGAGGUGUCUCUCUGCGGAAUGCCCCUCCCUGUCUACCUGCCUGUUCUCUCCAGGAGCAGCAGCUGUGUGAGGUUAGGCUCUGGUACACGUAACCAAAAAACAGGAGCUUAAACAAAAUAGUUGCAUAUUCCACUGGGAACAAGUCCAGGUUUGGUGUUAAAUGCUCAGCCACCUCAGACUCUGGCCACUCCUGACCUCUCUGCUCCAUGUCCUUUGGGUGUGGCCUCCUAAAGGUCAAAGGCAGCAUCUGUUCCCUGAAGCCAGUGGAAGAGUCCAAAAGAGGACAUAGCGUGUAGUCAGCUGUCUUGAGGAAAGGUCUCUGGAGGUGACGGGGUGACUUCCUCUUAUUUCCACUGGCCAGGACCGAGUCACCUGGCCACGCCUAGCUGCAAAUGAAAUAGGAAAAUGUAGCCUUUAUGUUAGGUGACCAGCUCCCUGUCUCAAAGCUUUAUUCUAUGGAAGAAAAACAUAAUGGAUAUUCUACAAAUCAGUUCUCAGUAUCUCCAGCACUCUUGGAAAACUGGCAACAUAAUUCCUGGUGUAGUUGUAACAUCCUAUGUCACUGUACUGGUUUUAAAGCGUUCAUACAUUUUAUUUGUAUUUUUUUGCAUUAUUUAUUUAAACUUAUCUUAAUUUCCAAAUUGUAUUUUAGAUCCCUCAAGGUCUGGAAUCCUAUCUCUGUGUCCCCUGUAGCCAGCAUAAGAGAUAUGUGUUCCCCAAAGGAGAUAAUGUUUGUUAAAUGAAAGUCUGAUCAGCAGGCACAGAUGCUUGUACUAGAAAAUGAGAUUUACCUGUGCACUCUUAGGGAAUAUCCACCGGAAUGUUUCAAAUUAAUCUAGAUGCUUCUGGCAUUGAUUGACUAACGAAAGAACUAGGAAUCCCUUUAUCCCAGUGAACGAUUUUCUAUAAAGUUAUAUAGGACACAUACUAUAAAAGGAAUUUAAAAUUUAGAAUUGUGAUGCAAUUAUGACUUUAUUAAUGUGUUUAGUAUGAUAAUUUCAUAGUAAUAAAACAACAUUAACAUUCUUAAAUUCCCAUGAUCAAUUUUAUUGCCAGCAUAAAAAGAAACUGAGUUAUUUUAUUUUUUUGCAUCAUUGUUCAUUUUUAAACAGUGUUUGCUUCCCCCCACCCAGGUGUAGUCCCCAUAGAAUUUCCUUCACCAAUGCACCCCUGCACCUGUGCACCAUCACCACAGUCCCCUGUGCUCCUCCGUCCCUCCCACUGAUCCCUCUUCCUCCUCCCCUGCAGGACGGUCUCUGAUUUAUAAUUGAGAAUGAGUUAUUUUUGUGACAGAGUUUAACUGCCCCUCUCUUUUAACACCUUAGCUAAAAAGGUCACAAUGGACUUGAGUAUUAAGACUAGCAACUUUCUAUCUCUCUCUAUCUUUUGCUUAUAAGGAAUAUGAGAGAGAGGUUAAGUGAUUUGUAAGAUGUUCCCAGUUUUAAUCAUUUUUGAUCUAUUUUAGAAAGUAUUGUUACUAUAUUUAUGCUUUGUGUGAGCACUUUUGCAGAGGCUCUUAAAAUGCAACUGUAUACAUUUUGAAAGCAGUAAAAGUAGGAUUGUGUAUCCAAGACCAUUGCUGUGGGGGAAAAUUACCUCACUAGAGAAUCACACUUGAUUUCAACCUGCUACUGGGGCUUGCACAACUAACUAAAGACUAAGGUGAUGGAAAGAAUCAAGAGUUUGAAAGACUCUUCAAAGAAUCUGUUUUCAGUGUUUCGAAGAACCUCCACACAGCUUUCCAGAGUGGCUGGACCAGUUUGCAUUCCCACCAGCUACCUUAUGAUCCAGCAAUUCUACUCCUAGGAAUCUACCCAGAGGACCAAAAACACUAAUGUCAAAGUAAACCUAUACUCCGAUGUUUAUUGCAGCAUUAUUUACAAUAGCUAACAUAUGGAAAAAACCCAAAUGCUCCAAAACAGGUGAAUGGCUCGUAAACUGUGGUAUAUGCACAGAAUGGACUACUACUCAGUGAUCAAAAAAGAUAAACUCAUGCUAUUUGCAGCAUCAUGGGUGGAGCUGGAAGGGAUUGUGCUCGGCAAAAAAAGUCAGAAGGAAAAAGAAAAAUAUCAGAUGGUUUUGUUAGGGGGAAAAGGAUGUCCCAAAGCUAAUUCCAUAUAGGCUUUGUGGACUCCACCCCCACCCUAGGUCAAAGUCAAAGACACUGGGAACUCCAAAUCCCAUCACCACAAAAGGGGAGGUGGCUGGGACCUGAGGGUGGGGUUAAGCAGCCAGGUGGAUAUAAAGGGCAGACAUGUGGGCUUUGGAGGAUCCCCCAUUUUUGGCUCUCCGCCAGCUCGCAGGGUCCAGCCAGCUCUGAGAGUGACUUUGGGUUUCCAGGUCGGCAAAUCGGGUAGGACGCAUUAAAGACUUUAUUUCCCUAUUUUCUCCCUGAGUUGUACAUUUUCCUUAUUUCCUUUUCUCUUGUAAAUAAACCUUUUAUUAACCUUUUGUGUGUGUCUGUAGUAGAGUAUUCAUAAGUCCCUUUAAAGCGCGCAGGUGAGGACCCACAGCCAGGAACCCGUUUAGUAUCGGGGCUGCUCUAUAACAGUUUCACUUAUGGGAGGAAUAUAGGGAAACUGAAGAAAAGGUCAGGAAAAAGACAAAGACUUGCAAGUUGAUUGUAGAUCUGAGGUGUACAACAGGGGACGGGAAAAGGGGGGUUAGAAUGGGAGAGAAGAGCACAAGGGACUAUAGUGAUGGUUCAUGGGGGCUAUGGUAGUGGGAGAACCAUGGGUGUUACAGGGCAGUAAUAUCCUCAGUCCCGAUAUAAAACCCACCCCCUGGCUGUGGGUCCCCACCCCCCCCACUUAACAGUGACUUAUUAAUACUUCACUGCAGGCACACACAAAAGGUUAAUAAAUGGUUUAUUUACAAGGGAAGGGGAAAUGAGGAAAUGCACAACUCAGGGAGAAAAUAGGAAGUAGUCUUAAAUGCGUCCUACCUGAUCCACCAACCUGGAAACCCAAUGGCACUCUCAGAGCUGGCCCAGAGCCUUGAGCUGGUAGAGAGCCAAAAGGGCACCUCCCAAGGCCCAAGUGUCUGGUUUUAUACCAACCCUGACUGC